GCUACCUACCAAUGGCGGAGCUGAGGUAUUCCUAGGUAUUCCCUGAAAUAUCAAAGAAUUUUGUGCAAAAAAAAUUACUACAUAUAUCAAUAUACGAUGUAGACUUACUUGGCCCAGCCGAUGGCCCAAUGCCCAGUCCAAACACAGCAACGCAAUGACGCGGGGCGCCAGACAUGAGCGAUCGGGUGUUUGGUCUCGCGCGUGAGUAGCAGACCGAAAUCGAAUCCCCUUUCCCCUUCCCCUAACCUACCGCUAGCUGAGGCUCCGGCGGCGGCAGCGAGCGAUUCUGGUCCGGCGGUCGGCCUUCUCCUCUCGCCUCUCCCUCAGUUCCUCCCCUCCACUCCGGCCAUCUCCCUCCCCUCCCCAGCUCCCCUCUCCUCCGUCCGGCCCUCUCCUCCGCGGCUCCGCCAAGCGCCAGAACGGCAGGCCGCCAGUCCGCCUCCGGCUUCCCCAGCGCGGCGGCUGCCGGCAUCGCCCUCCGUCCAGCAGCAGCAGGCAGCAGGUCCGGCGACAGCGUCGUCCAGCAGCAGCAGGCAGCAGAUGAAGAAGAAGGGUGUUACCAUAUUUGAAAUGUGGGACAAAUCUUCAAAGACAAGGAAAAUAACUCCUACAUCCACACCAACUUCUCUUUCCGUUGAGGUCGAGAGCAAUCUGCAGCUAGCACUAGUGCAAAGACAUGACGAAGCUCCACAACCGGAGAGGGAGACAACUCCAAUUGUAGAAGAUGAUGAAGCGGUCGAUGAAGAUGAUGAAUCAAUGCCCCAAUUUGAAGCAGAUUUGGCAGCUCUGGAACGUGAUCCCAGCAAGCGACUUCCCAUAUCUUCAUAUCAUGCCAAUGACCAAGAUAGAGUUAGAAGGAGAUACAUUGACUUGGGUGCUUGUCAACCAAAGGAUCAUAAGUUUGAGAUCAGAGAUUUUAGUGGACAUCCCCGUCGCUUUUGCCCUACUUGGUUUAAGGAUUAUAAGUGGCUUGAGUAUAGUGUGCAAGAAGAGGCUGCUUUCUGCUUUGUUUGCUACUUGUUCAAGGAUAAAACAAAAAGUCCCGGAGGAGAUGCAUUCGUGAACGGUGGGUUUAAUAAUUGGAACUUGAAAGCUAGAUUGAAGAGGCAUAUUGGUGCUGUUAGUAGUGCUCACGCUGAAGCUCAAGAAAAGUAUGAUAUGUUCACUACACCUACAACAUCAAUUAGGGAGUCCAUUGCUUCAAACACCACACAGUACAAGGUUCUAUAUAAGCUCCGUGUGACAUGGACACUCAAGUGUUUAAGAUUCCUAUUGCACCAAGGUUUGGCAUUUAGAGGACAUGAUGAAAGUGAUGACUCACUAAAUAAAGGAAAUUUCCUUGAGCUUUUAAAUUGGCUAGCAGGAAACUUUGAAGAGGUUGAUAGGGUGGUUCUAAAGAAUGCUCCACAAAAUUGUAAGAUGGCUUGCCAUGAUAUACAACAAGAGUUGAUCAAAUGUUGUGCCCAGCUGACUACUAAACUAGUCAUUGAAGAUCUUGAUGGUGGACAUUUUGCAGUACUUGCAGAUGAGUCUAGUGAUAUGUACCAGAAUGAACAACUAGCUGUUUGCUUGCGUUAUGUGGAUAAGAAAGGAAGGACAGUUGUGAGAUUUCUUGGUCUUGCCCAUGUUGAAGACACUUCCUCUUUAACACUUAAAGCUGCAAUUGAGGACAUGCUUAUGGCAUACAAUUUCAGCUUUGUAAUGGUCCGUGGGCAAGGAUAUGAUGGGGCUAGUAAUAUGAAAGGUAAUGCUAAUGGCAUGAAGAAACUAAUUAUGGAUGAGUCUCCUUAUGCCUAUUAUGUCCAUUGCUUUGCCCAUCAACUACAAUUAACUCUUGUUGCUGUUGCAAAGGAGAGUGGUGAUUGUAAUUGGUUCUUUCAACAGCUAGCAUGUUUGCUAAAUGUUCUAGGCUAUUCUUGUAAAAAGAUGAGAAUGCUUCGAAUAGCUCAAGCUGAGGAACUUAUUGCUGCAUUAGAGUUGGAAGAAGUAGAAACCGGGACGGGUUUGAAUCAAGAAAUGGGUAUUGGAAGGCCAUGUGAUACUCGUUGGGGCUCUCACUACAAGACUGUCAACCAUGUUAUCUCUAUGUAUCCGGCAAUAAGGCGUGUUCUCAUAAGGAUUGCAAAAGAGUAUAAUGGCACAGAGGCAGUAGCAGCAAUGACUAUGUUGACAUCAUUUCGGACAUUUGAAUUUGUUUUCAUGGCACACUUGAUGCAAGAAAUAUUUGAAUAUACCGAUGACUUGAGUAGAGCUUUGCAAAAAAAAAGAUCAAGAUAUUGUUAAUGCUAUGGAGAUUGUUGAUCUCACAAAGCUGCACUUGCAAUGCUUGUGAGAAGAUGAAGGGUGGAAUGAUUUUCUUGAGAAUGUCACUUCUUUUUGUGUAAAGCACAAGAUCAAAGUUGUUGACAUGGAGGCUCCUUACUAUCCUGCUGGGAGACCAGGAAGAGGGUUCUUCAAUGGCGCAAAGAAUUACCAACAUUUCAAGGUUGAAAUGUUUGUGGCUGUCAUUGAUAGGCAACUUCAAGAGCUGAAUGCAAGAUUUGAUGAGGUAAACACUGAACUACUUACUUGCAUGGCAGCAUUCAGUCCACGUGAUUCAUUUGCUGCUUAUGAUAAAGAGAAGUUGGUUAGGCUUGCUAGAAAGUUUUAUGCUAAGGAUUUCACAAAUGAUGAAUUGUCAAGACUUCCAUGGCAAUUAAGCAUGUUCAUUUCUCAUGUGCGUAAGGAUAAAAGGUUUAGCAAGUUGAAGAGUCUAUGUGAGCUUUCAGUUUUGAUGGUUGAGACAAGAAAGAAUGAACAAUAUUAUAUUGUUUACAAGCUUCUUAAGUUGGUUCUCA